CCGUCCCAACCCCGAAGCCUCUCCUCAGCUGCCCUCUAUCUCUCUCUCUCCCCCGUUCCCUCCCCCCAAAUCUAAGAAGCCAUGAAACUCUCCGUGGGGGCCUUCUUCGGCUCCUCCAAGAAGUCUUCGAAGAAGAAGAAGAGCCGUUCGAUCUCUCGCCGCGAUGCCUUCUUCGCCUCCACCGCCACUUCCUCCUCCUCCGACGACUCCACCUCCUCCUGCCUCCACUCCACCCCUCGCUCCAUCCUCCCUGCCGGGAAACCACCCUCCGUCGCCGGAUCCGGCGAAUUCUGGCUCCUCUCACCCGCCUCCUCAUCCGUCUCCGACCUCUUCGCCGUCUUCGACCGCGACCGCGACGGCAAGAUCACGCGGCAGGAGCUCGAGGCCGUCCUCCGCGGGCUCGGCGGCGCGGAUCCGCCCACGGAGGAGGAGGUUGCGUCGAUGGUGGCGGAGGUGGACCUCGACGGCGACGGGUGCAUCAGUUUGGAGGAGUUCGGGGCGAUCGGGUCGGCUUUCGGGCCGCCGGCGGGGGGCGAUCUCCGGGAGGCCUUCGCCGUCUUUGACGCGGACGGCGACGGGAAGAUCUCGGCGGAGGAGCUGCUGGGGGUUUUCGUGACGCUGGGGGACGAUGGGUGGACGCUGGAGGACUGCCGACGUAUGAUCGGUGAGGUCGAUACGGACGGCGAUGGAUUCGUCUGCUUCGAAGACUUUGUCCGCAUGAUGGAUGGCCAGAGAUGAAUGAUGAGAUCGUGUCCUGACCAGCUGAAAUCAAACAAAGAAUGGACGGUGGUGAUGGAUGGUUUUUUGGUUUUUAUUUUUUUAUUUUCUUUUCUUUUCUUCGGGAGGAAAAGAAAGAAGUAAUAAAUUUGCAACUACCUAAUAUUAUCUAUUAUGUCAUCUAUCAUGGCUUAGUACUACAAAUGUCUUUUGUUCUAGAACGUUCUUUGUG